AUGGCUGUUCUGCAAAGUCUGCCCGUCGAGGUCCUGGACCAGGUGAUUGGCUAUAUCCACCCGGAGGUAGAUUGGGAUCUGGCCCAGAGGACGAAGUCGGAUAUCCGGUCACUGUCCAGCGCGCGCUUGGUGUGCCGUCAAUGGAAUUCCCUGGCCACGGCUCAUCUAUUCCGAACCAUCUACCUGGUACACGAUGCGGAGGAGCUCUUCCAAACUUGGAAUAACAUGCUAGACAGCAACUCUGUCAAAAAUGCAGCGCGACGCGUAGUUUUCAACAGCGCGCCAGGCGAGGGCUGCGGCGAACAACCGAUGAGAGACUGGUGCGAAUCCGGCGAACAUCCCUCCUUUACCAGGGCCAUCUCGCGCCUCAACGAGAUCAAAAGUGUCCAAUCCGUUGAGCUUCGCUUUUCAGACAAAUGUCUGGGCGAAGAAGAAACAGACAGGUUCUGGUUUGAGGAUGUCGAGGAGAUAGGCAGCAGAAAAAAUACGCUCAUUGCUGUCUUUGAGGCCAUCCGAGAAUACAAUGCUCAGCGAUCUGCGGCGAACAGGAUCGCCUCCCUCAAAAUCGAGAAUCUUCAAAACAUCCCCCUUCCUGAAUUCACCACGUCUGAACUUUUCAAGACUGUCAUCGAGGCUCUCACUACUAUCGAGCUGCGAAUUGCUGAAGAAUAUAGGGAGGACGGGCCUGAUUAUAAUGUGUACCUCAUCGAGCGACAAACGUUUGAGCCAUAUCUCCUAGCUCACUGGUUGACUCCGCUUUCCGGCCACCUUACAACCUUAAGUCUCUGUUUCAACGAAGGCUGGGGCGUCUUACCAGGGUAUUUCGAUGGAAAGGGGCUCCAAUUCAAGAAUCUCAAGACUUUGAACCUGGGCCACCUUGUCAUCGCACACCAUGGCCAGUUUGACUGGGUGCUUGCUCAGACAACCCUCGAAACGCUCCGUCUCGACACAUGCUAUAUAGCGACGCAUCUCCAUUCCUAUGACCGCGCCCAAUUAAAACAAUGGAAUGUGAGAAAGCAUGAUUGGGUUGAGGUCGAUUCUACCAUUUAUGCAUGUUACAAAGACUAUGAUGUGGUGUAUACCUUUUCUGGAACGUGGGAAACCGUGUUUGGAAAUAUACGCAAAUCCCUCGUCAAGCUCCGACACUUUGGGUUCUACAGCGGAUCCGAUCGCAACUACUCUCUGAGUUUUCGGUCCCCAGGAGGCAAAGGGACUCAAUUGUCAAAUUACCGCUAUGUGGCAUUCGAUCAAGGGAUGGCAAGUCCAUGGGUUAGGCCUAAAACGAGCGAGGGAAGCAUUAACUUUGGAUAUAAUGCAUAUAUUAACCCCGCCAAAGACCAUUACGACGGCGAUUCACGGGCUUUUGAAGAGCUCCUUUCUGCUGUUCGAACGAGGUAA